AUGACGCCCGACAACCGCUCCAUCGCGGCGUCCGGUUGGCCCACCGUCCAGACGUCCUACGAACACCAUUUUACUCCACACACACACACUUUCUUCAACCCCUUUCCUCGACAUUCUUCUCCUCCAUAUUGUCUCAUUCACACACCUACUCCCCACCCCCAACUGCUCGUCACUAUGCCGACGAUCUACAGCAGACGAGGCAGCCAUGCCAGUGUCAGAGUGGCCAGUGUGAAUGCGAUCAGCAAAGAGGACAGACGAGGGCAUGGCUGA